AUGAGCGUCCUUUUUCCAUGUGAAGGCAGGCCAUGAAUCCAUGAUAUAAAGCAGGAAGAGUAAAACAAGUUACUAAGUGUUGAAGUAUCGGAUUCGCUGCUGCGCUGUGGAAGGUAGAGGAGAAGAUGGAUUCAUCUAACGACGUCGCUUUGUGCUCGCCGGAGAUGGAGAAGUUCCUGUGUGAGUUGUUGCUGGAUUCCACCCAGCCAAUUUCUGAGCGCUUCAGAGCACUCUUCUCUCUCCGCAACCUCAAAGGUCCCGCCCCUCGCAGCGCCCUCAUUCUCGCCACCAGGGAUUCAUCGAAUUUGUUGGCGCAUGAAGCUGCAUUUGCGUUGGGUCAAAUGCAAGAAUUGGAAGCCAUCCCUGCUCUGGCCUCAGUUUUGAAUGAUCUUUCUUUGCAUCCAAUUGUUCGGCAUGAGGCAGCUGAAGCACUUGGUGCUAUUGGUUCAGAUGGUAAUGUCUCUCUCUUGAAGAAUAGUAUGGAUUCAGAUCCGGCCCAGGAGGUUCGAGAAACGUGUGAAUUGGCUCUUCAACGUAUUCAGCAUUUAAAAGAUGCUGGUAAUGCUGCUGAUGAAAUGUCUGCAACUGAUAUAUCUCCUUUCAAGUCUGUUGAUCCAGCUGCGCCUGCAACCUCUGGUUCUUCUGUUGAUCAAUUAAGGCAAUUACUUCUUGAUGAAGAAAGAGGGAUGUAUGAGCGCUAUGCAGCUCUUUUUGCACUUCGAAAUGAUGGUGGAAAUGAAGCUGUUGCUGCUAUCAUUGGUUCCUUGGGCUCAAAAAGUGCUUUACUGCGCCAUGAGGUUGCAUAUGUUUUGGGUCAAUUGCAAGACAAAGCUGCUUCAGCUGCUCUAUCCAAUAUACUUAGAGAUGUGAAUGAGCAUCCAAUGGUUAGACAUGAGGCGGCUGAAGCUCUUGGUUCGAUUGCAGAUGACCAAAGUGUAGCCCUUCUGGAGGAGUUUACAGCAGAUCCAGAACCUCUCGUCUCACAAAGUUGUCAAGUUGCAUUAAGCAUGCUAGAAUUUGAACAAUCAGGGAAAUCAUUUGAGUUCCUGUUCAUGCGCACUCCAACUGUGCAUUAAAUGUAUUCUCGUGGCUGCGCCUUUCAAUAAUGCCAAGACACGAAAAAUGACCGGAUGCAUGAGAAUGGAGAGACAGAGACAAACACUGGGACUUGCCAAGAAAUAGAGAGCGACUGUUGGAUUUCUUUCUUACAAAUGAUGAAAUUAAGAAAUAUUAACCUUGUAUAAACACGAAUUGAACUAUGGUUUUGCUAAUUUAUGAAGGACAUUUUGUGAUGAACUGCAAGCUUAUACGUCUAUCAUGUAAUUGUAGCUCUACCCACUUAAAUAAAAUAAGACGGGGAGUUAUGUCAACAUUUUUAACUGUUGCAAAAUAGCAAAUAAAUGGAUGCAUGAUUACUUU